UCAAUAGAGUCAUUUGGUGUCGUGGGAAGCUCUGAUGUCCUCUUGCUGCUUCAUGGUUUUCCUACUUCUAGCUAUGACUGGUAUAAGAUCUGGGAUUCUCUGACUCAACGCUUUAACAGAGUCAUUGCUCUCGACUUCCUGGGCUUUGGUUUUUCACACAAACCGCGACCGCACCGUUACUCCAUCUUCGAGCAGGCCAGUGUGGUGGAGGCCCUGGUUGCUCAUUUGGGUCUGUCAGAGCAGAGGAUCAACAUCCUGUCACAUGACUACGGAGACACUGUAGCUCUCGAGUUACUGUACAGGAGUGACCAUAACAGAAGCGGACACAUCACGAUAAACAGCCUCUGCCUCUCAAAUGGAGGAAUAUUCCCUGAGACUCAUUAUCCAAGAUUCCUUCAGAAAGUGCUGAAGGACUCUGGUUUCAUUUCACCUGUAUUUACCCGCCUAAUAAACUUCCGGCUUUUCUCUAGAGGAAUAAGGGAUGUGUUUGGACCAUACACCCAGCCAACAGAAGCCGAGUUCUGGGACAUGUGGACAGGCAUUCGCUUUAAUGAUGGAAAUCUGGUCAUGGACAGUAUCCUGCAGUACAUUAACCAGAGGCUGAAACACAGAGAGAGAUGGGUCGGGACUCUAACCUCCACUUCAGCACCAUUGCACAUGAUUUAUGGACCACUAGAUCCAGUUAAUCCACAUCCUGAGUUUAUCCAGCUCUACCAGAAACUAGUGCAGAGAUCCACAGUAUCGGUUCUAGAUGAGCAUGUGAGUCAUUAUCCACAGCUGGAGGAUCCCACAGGCUUCUUUAAUGCCUACCUUAGCUUUAUCAACUCAUUCUGAGAUAAGUAACGGAGUGGAAUACUGCCUCAAAUAAGUUGUUAGAAAAUAUUCAAAUCCAUUUAUUAACAAACCACAGAGUGUUUGAAAUGUCAGUCAUGUGUUUAAAUGCAUGAAACCGAAAGUAUUGCACCAAAUACCCAAACAGUCAUUACAACAGAGUUUGCUCAAAUACAAUGCCAUUACUUGUAAAUACAUUUGUGUUCAAUGCAUGAAUACUUAUUCA